AUGGCUCAACGGCGUCUCAGUCACAUUAUCAACGGGCUGGCAUCACCGACGGAUGCACCUGUCGGUACACUAGAACUUGGGGGCAUUUCGUACGAAGUGCCAUGUUCACAGACACCCUCGAGGUUACCGCAUUGCCAGGAUGUCACUUUAGAUCUCAAAGAUCCCUUCACAUUAGACAACCUCCACUUCAUGCUGCAAAAGUUCCUUCUCGGCCAAGACAUAUUUCUCUUGUCGCAGCCGGGGCCGUAUGCACGUCGAUUGGCCUUCACAUUCUGCAGCUUGCUCAACUCGGAAUACGAGUACAUUGCGCUACAUCGAGACAUCGGAGAAACAGAGCUCAAGCAAGGACGAGAAAUCCGCCGGGGCGGCAACCUGGUAUACGUAGAUAGCGCUGCAGUCCGUGCUGUAAAGCAUGGUCGAAUCCUCAUUAUAGAAGGCAUAGAGAAAGCAGAGCGAGGAAUUAUGCCGGUUCUAAACAACCUCUUAGAAAAUCGAGAGAUGAACCUCGAUGACGGCACGCACAUCAUCCACCCACACCGGCAUGCACUCCUCGAUUCAACGAGCGACGCAAUCACCGGCAAGCGUUUUCUCCCCGCACACAAGAACUUCCGCGUCAUCGCGAUUGCAGCGCCCGUCCCACCGUAUCCUGGCUACCCACUAGAUCCACCAUUUCGCAGCCGCUUCCAAGCACGCUUUGUCGAUCCCGUCGGGGCCCUGCUCGCACUUCCUCCUCCAUCCUCACCCGCUCCAUCCGCUGCACUGUAUGACCGCCUGCGCGAGAUGAUCGUCGCGACGCAGUACGCGAGCGAGACGCGCACCACGCUUGAUGCAGUCGCCAAGUCUGCGCUCCCCGCGUUCCCACAGACUGCCCUCACGAAACUUUACGCGCUGCUCAGUGUGUUUCCCCCUCCGGCGAGCGGGAAGCUGGCACCGGCACAGCUCGCGCGGCUAGUGCUGACGAUCCACCCGGGGCUGAUUCAUGCACCAUUCGUAGCAUGGGCAACGCUCUCGCAGCAGUGCGAGGAUGCAGGGCUUGGCCCGCUCGGCAGCCCGUCACUCAGCGGCAGCGGCGACGAGCUUGGACUACUGGGGUACAAGCUGGACAGCGUUCGCAGAGUGAACGAACACGCAGCGAAGGCCGAGUUCGUGGGUAUAGACGGGGCGCGCGUGUCCGUUGACGUGCCCGCGGGUCCGCGGCCGCUGCUCCAGUUCCCCUUUGCUGCACCCGAACAGCUGGGCUUCUUUGCAACGGGAAGGUUUAUGGGCCUCCUGACGUCGCUGCUGCAGGCGCAUGCGCUUGGGUGGGACAUCUUGUACGUCCCGCCGGCGUUGCCAUCGACGGCGUCCUGCUCCACGUCGCUGCUGGUACGGACGUUCGGCGCGGUGCUGGGAUACGAGACAGAGGACUACCACAUGUACAAGGAGCUCGGCGGGCGGGAGCUGAUUAUGCGGCGGAAGAUCGAAGAUGGCGGCGCUACGACAUGGGAGCCAAGCCCUCUGGUCGAGGCGGUCUGGUCUGGACGACUUGUGCAUCUGGACGGCAUAGAUAUCAUUGGGUCCACAGCAGGCUCGCUCGCCAGGCUGAUGCAAGAUCGGGAGGUCGAGUUAUGGGAGGACAAGCGCAUUGUCCGCCAAGCUUCGCAAGAAGAGCUGGCCCCAGGCGACCUCACCAUCGCCCGCCCGUCCUUCCGCAUAAUCAGCACCGCGUCCAAGUCGGUUCUCCUCAAAGACUGGCUAUCGGACGAGCAGGCCAACAUGUUCUUCCCCAUCGCCGCGCAGCCCAUGGGGCACGCCGAGGAGCGUGCCGUGCUCCUGCAGACUGGCUGUGCGCCGGGCGUCGUCGACGCGCUGCUAGUGUUCGCGGAGAAAUACCGCGCGGGCAUGAGCGUGGAUUCGGUGCAGAAGAACCGCAAGCUCGGCACGCGUGCGCUGCUGAGGAUUGCGCGGCGCGUCGCACGCUUCCCCGGUGACGACGACUUGCACGCGAUGAUCAGCCGCGCGGUGCUGGCGGAGUUCUUGCCGCCCACGGAAACGAUGAACCUCGACGAGCUGUUUGAGGAAGCAGGAAUCCAGAGGCGCACCCCUCCGUUUAAUCCACCGCUAGUCGUUCAGCAGGACGGUAUACUAUUCCCGGAGCCGAGCGAUCCUUCACGACAGGGCCAGGGGUCCACAUUCAUCCCUGCGUUCGACCGCAUACAGGACCCGGAAGGCGCAGCGUCAUACGUACCGCACAUGGAUCAUUUCUAUGACAACAGUUUACAGACCGGUCUCAUGCGUGACCUAGCCGUCGAUUUUGAGAUUCUUGGCGAGCAUCUAGUGCUCUUGGGAAAUCAGGGAGUAGGAAAGAACAAGAUCAUUGACAGAUUGUGUCAGCUCCUGGGCCGUCCUCGAGAAUAUAUCCAACUUCACCGUGACACUACCGUCAACCAGCUUAUGUUCCAGACAGUCCUGGAGAAUGGCACACUCAAGUACACAGACUCACCUCUGUUGCGCGCGAUCUCGCACGGCCGUGUCAUGGUCGUCGACGAGGCAGAUAAAGCUGCAGAGCAUGUCGUCGCAAUUUUCAGGAGCCUCGCCGGCCACGGACAGCUCACACUGGCUGACGGACGUCGCGUACGUCGAGAAAGAGAGCGUGACACUGACGUUGUCGUGCACCCCAAUUUCCGCCUCAUUCUCCUGGCAAAUCGGCCCGGGUAUCCGUUCUUGGGCAACCACUUUCUGCAGGUUCUCGGCGACAGUUUCAGUUGUCACGCCGUCGUGAACCCCGACAUGAACAGCGAGAGGAGACUCCUGUCGCAGCUGGCUCCAGAACUCAGCGAGGAUAUGAUCCUGCGUCUCGUGGCUGCCUUCCAGGACUUGCGCCGUGCCUACGACAGCGGCUCUCUGACAUAUCCUUACUCGCUGCGAGAGCUUAUCAACAUCGUGCGGCAUAUGAAGACGUAUCCAUCUGACACUUUGGAAGCAACAUUGCGCAACGUCUUCGACUUUGACGUGUACAAGCCAGAGACCAUCGAGAAGCUCGCUGAAAUUCUGGACCAUCAUGGACUAGCUGUCAAGCAUCUAGGCUUGGUGGCCGCUAGAGAGGCUUCGCGCAAGAAAGUGCUCGAUAUUAAGUUCUCUCCGAAGGACACCACGCUCUCGCAGCCGAAGUAUGGAAAGGUGGACCCAAACAACCAGCCGCACACGGGUGGUAACACAUGGGCAGGAGGAGCGGUCGUGAUACUGCUGGAUUGGGCGGGCGUGGUGUCGGAUGAGCUGAAAAAUCAGGUGCCGGAACACGUUAAAGAGCAGGCCCGCAAGAUGGCGCGUGAAGAGUUAGCGCGCAGGCUGGAAGAACUGGACAUGAGCGCGGGCGAGGCCAAGGGAUACGGCAGCCUGCUGACCGCCGUGCAGGCACACAUCGCGCAGCUGCACGAUCUCCUCGAGAACCUCUCAGCGAAGGAAGAGGAGCGUGUUUGGGUCAAGCGGCAGACAGACGGCGAGCUGGAUGACAGUCGUCUGGCCGAUGGCUUGACGGGCGAGGCGACGGUCUACAAGCGACGCGGCAUGGCAAAGCCAGAACUUGGACGUCCCCAGAUUAAACCAAAACGCAUACGUUUUGUCUUCGACAUCAGCGGUUCCAUGUACCGGUUCCAGUACGAUGGCCGCUUGCAGAGGAGCAUGGAGACCGCGGUGAUGAUUAUGGAGACUUUCAAUCGUCUGACACGGAAAGAUAAAUAUCUCUGGGAUAUGUACGGGCACUCUGGGGACUCUCCGGUGAUCUCUCUCAUUGAGUUGGACAAGCCACCAACCGAGCUCAGGGAUCGCUACAAAGUGGUAGAGAAAAUGGAGCUUGUCUCGCAGUAUGCGUUCGCUGGCGAUUACACAGUGGAAGCAAUUGAGAAGGCGGUGGACGAAGUAGCGAAGUUCGACGCAGACGAUUGGUUUGUGAUCACCAUUACGGACGCCAACUUUUCGCGAUACGCAAUCACUGCGGAGGAACUCCACAAGGUCAUGACCCGCCACCCCAAGGUCAAUACUGCGCUGAUAUGCAUAGGUGAGGGAGCGGAGGUCCAGUGGAUACCGCAGAAGCUGCAAGGUCGGGGAUUCCGCGUUGCCAACACCGCCGAUAUACCCGCGGUCUUGAGGAGUAUUUUGUCUACGAUGGUAGACCGGUGA